AUGCAUAUCUAUCUAUCUAUCUAUCUAUCUAUCUAUCUAUCUAUCUAUCUAUCUAUGUCUGCUUUUAUCUAUCUAUCUAUCUAUCUAUGUCUGUUACUAUCUAUCUAUCUAUGUAUGUUCCUAUCUAUCUAUGUUUUUCUUCAAAAACACUACACUUUCUUUCUUUCUGUCUAUAUUUUCUUCCUUCCUUCUUUCCUUUCUUUCACUCUAUAUUCCUUUUCUUUCUUUCUUUUUUCUUUCUUUCACUCUGUAUUCCUUUUCUUUUUCUUUUAUCUUUUUUCUUUCUUUUACUCUAUAUUCCUUUUCUUUCUUUCUUUCUGUCAAUCUCCAUUCGUUUUCUUUCUUCCUUCCCUUCUUUCUUUUGUUCACUCUAUAUUGCUUUUCCUUAUUUAUUUCACUCUAUAUUCCUUUCUUUCUUUCUUUCUUUCUUUCUUACAUAAUAUAUAUUCCUUUCUAUAUUCCUUUCUUCCCUUCUUUCUGUCACUCUAUAUUUCUUUUUCAAUUUUUCUUUAUUUAAUUCUAUAUUCCUUUCUUUCUUUCUUUCUUUCUUUCUUUCUUUCUUUCUAUAUUCUUUUCUUUCAAUCUUUCUUUUUAUUAGCAUUCUUUAUUUUACUCUAUACUCUUUCUGUUUUUCUUUCUUUUUUAUUUCACUCUAUAUUCCUUUCUUUCUUUCACAUUAUAUUCUUUUCCUUCUUUCUUUCUUUCCUUCAUUCUUUAUUUCACUUUAUAUUUCAUUCUUUAUUUAUUUCACUUUAUAUUCUUUCUUUCUUUCUUUCUUUCUUUCUUUCUUUCUUUCUUCAGCGUGUGCAUACGAAUGCAUUCCCCAGGAACGCCGGCAGUGUUUUUAAUUUAAAUCUUCUUGAAGUCUGGAAGCAUUCAAAAGUUUGA